UCAUUCGCAGGCUACACUGCCUUCAAUGGGGUGGAUUUUGAAGGGACGUUUCACGUGAACACAGUCACGGACGACGACUAUGCUGGAUUUAUUUUCGGAUACCAGGACAGCUCCAGUUUCUACGUGGUGAUGUGGAAGCAGGUGGAGCAGAUCUACUGGCAGGCUAACCCUUUCAGGGCAGUGGCUGAUCCUGGGAUUCAGCUCAAGGCUGUGAAAUCGAAAACUGGCCCUGGGGAAAAUCUGCGGAACUCUCUGUGGCACACCGGGAACACGCCGGAUCAGGUGAAGCUCCUGUGGAAAGAUGCCCGAAACGUGGGCUGGAAAGACAAGACGUCCUACCGCUGGUUCCUACAGCACCGGCCACAAGAGGGGUACAUCAGAGUGAGGUUUUAUGAAGGCCCUCAGAUGGUUGCAGACACUGGCAUCAUCAUUGACACCACGAUGCGAGGAGGCCGUCUGGGAGUCUUCUGCUUCUCACAGGAGAAUAUCAUCUGGGCAAACCUGCGCUACCGCUGCAACGACACCCUCCCUGAAGAUUUUGACACAUACAGAACUCAACAGGUCCAAUUCCAGGGUUGAAGACUGGACAGGCAGAAUGAGGCUGCCAAUCCUUUACAAUCGCAUUUUUAAGCAACUCACCAGUCCGUUUUUGGCAAAGUUAUAAAACCAUUAAAACUAAACAUGCUAGUAUAUUGCUGCUGGUUAAUUUGUUGCCAAUUCUAUCCUGUUCACUGAACUGUUUGUAUCAGAUUAUGUAAUGAAAUGUUUGUUUCUUAUACUGUAAUUGAAAAUAUAUUUUGUUGUACAAUGCUAUAUGACGGUUUCCCGUUCAAUGUAAUAAACAAUUCAUUUUUCAGUUUUAA